AUAGUCCGUUUACUUCGUUAGUUGAGAUCAAAUCACAACUCACAACACAGCUUUUUCGUAAAAGAACUGAAGCUAAUAAUUAAACAGAGAUUGUUUUGCUUUCUUUGACUGUGAAUUAAAACCGUAGCAGACGCCAGAAGGUCAAACUUGAGGUAAUCUGCUCAUACAUAUUACAACGUUAACAAUCAUCAAGCAAUCAAUUUUUACUCUCAGUGUUUUGGUGAGGAAUCUGAUGCGUUAGAGUGUUUUGAAUAUGCAGGUAACUACUUAUUUCGACAAGAUGACCCAAGAGAGACCAAGAAAAAUGAUUAUUAACAUUCUAUUGUCAGUUUUCAUGCUCUUUUAGUUCAGUGCUUUCAGACAGUGUCAACAGAUUGUGAUUCCUCUGAUGCCGAGGCGUCACAAAAGGAUACAGACAGUAGAUUAUUUGUGAUAAGCCAGGAAGGCAACCAACAGUCCUAUGAAUUUCUGAGUCCUAUUGUGGUAAAAAAAAAUAUCUACUAGGUGAAAUGGGGUUUCAUUUCACCAAAAUGGCAAAAUGAGUGGCCUUGGUUUGGUUUGGUUGACAUACAAAGAUAUUUAUAUCUCAAUGCAAUGCAUAUAAGCUCCUAAUUUAGUGGAUGGAGCAUGUGAUUUACGGCUGCAUAGGGUUGACUGAAUUUGAAAGAGCUGCUUUUCUUCUCUAUUUAUGAUACAAUGAUUCCAGUUAAUUCUUUUUUGUUGCAACACUAUUAGUAUAGCAGUUUUAUCAUAUAAUUUCCCUUGUCUGUUAGGAGGUAUUGGGAAAGAACUGUCUUUUACAUGAGCACACUUGCAACUAUGUGAAAAAGUAGUUAAGAGGGAUGGAGAAACACCAGAAGAUAGAAAGAUGAAGAUUGUUCAGACUUCACCGAGGUGCAGUUGGGUUUCUGAAAUUUUCUCCCUAUUUUUAAUCUCUUAUAUAGUUUUCCUAUAAAAGGUAUCUUAUGGCUUGGUCAAAAGACUGCUUGCAUAAUGUAUUAGUAGUUUCAUUCAGCUGUUAGCAGAACCAUGAGGAGCAUGCUUUCAUUAGAGUUGGAUUUUGGAUAAUAUAUGUGAGGAAAAGCAACUGCUUGUGCUAUUUCUGACCAUUGGCAUUAGUAGACAGACACAUUCUUUGUCAAUAUUUUAGGCCCUUGACAAGCUUAAGCAACUUGUAGAAGAUAAAGAGGGAAGAGGAGGACGACUGUGAAGCGUUUAAGAGAGAAGCUUUAUUUGGACCUAAAGAUUUAGUAAAAUUGCAUAGGCAAGUAUUGUUAUGGUUUAGGAUUCAAUAGGUGUUGCAGGAUCAGAUGUAGUUUGGUGCUGACGUGCUGUUAUGAAGUCCAAGGACACAUGUAACUUUUUACAGCUGAACACUAUGUAUGUGUGUAUAUAAGGUUCAGUGUGAUUCCAUUCAUUCUUAUUUGCUUUUAAAACUUUGUUUCUAAACAAUAAAAUAUUGAAUUGUGUGACAUUGAUUCAGGAUUAGAAAGCAAUAAAUUUAGAAGACAAGACACUUUUAACACAAGCAAAAAAAUAUCUGAGCGGUGAAACUAUAUAAAUAAGAUUCUGAAGCUUUAUAUAUGAAAAGAAAGUCCCACAGAAAAAUCAGAAGACAGUUGUUUGCCACAGAGAGAUAGAGAGCGAUUAGAGAAAGGAGAGAGAGAGAGGGGGGAGCCUGCGUGAUAGUGGCAUAAUAAUAAGUGCAGACAAAGGUUACAACUCGGAGAAUCCCAAAAAGCGUUUCCCUUGACUCUUGAUAGUCAUCUGGAGAAGAGAAGGAUAUUGGUUUUGCGAAGGGACUUCAUGAAGAAGUUGUUGACCAACAAGAAGUGAUGUGUGUUCAGAUACUUUUUGGGUUUCUCAGGCAAACAUGUUGGUGGAAAGUUCGUUCAGCGCUUCCGUUGAAACAACUCUACUGAACGCAUCUGAGUAUCAAGACCCAUCUCCUGUUUUUAAUUGGAUGUCGCUUGCUGAAACUUAUCAGAUGAUCCACAAACCUCCCGAUGAGUCUCAAGUAAGCUUUCUUGAAGCUGUUCCGGUCCCUGAUGCAAUGAAUCUUGAUAAAUUAGAACAUCCGAAACUUCAACCAAGUUGUCCGGAAAAGGCCCUGACUUCACUUGUGUAUACUCGAAGGAAGAGAAGCGUGAGACCUGGGGUUACUGAGGAUAAUAGCCCAGGAAAGUGCAAGAAACAGGAUGAUUCACUCGAUGACUCAGUUGUCCCAGUUCAUAACACUGGAGAAAGCAUAAAAGGGAAAAAUCGCUUCAACAACUGUCUUGUUUAUAGCCGGAAGGAAAAAAGAGGCAUAACCAGUUGUGUUCCUACAAUAGGAGCUAAUGACGUUUUUAACUCUGGGCACGACUGUGGAGAAACCAAGAGAAGAAGAACUCGAUUUGAUAACUGUCUCGUGUAUACCAGCAGAAAGAAAGGUAGAGUAAAAUCUCAUAAUUGUAGUUUUAGCAAACAUGUCUCUGGAGGAACCAAGAUAAGCGGUGAUCAAGCUCACUCUUCUGAGUAUAGCCAAAUGGGGCAUAUAGUUAACCCUGGAGAAAUCAAGAAUAGUGGCCAUAGACCUGUUUACAGCCAAAGCAAGCAGUUAGUGAAAUCUAAUGGUGAUACAUCUGAUACCUUACUUGUGUAUAGCCGGAGGAAGCAGAAAGUGAAAUCUAGUGGUGCUCGGGUUAAUGGCUUUCUAGUGUAUACACGGAAGAAGCCUAAAGCAAAUAAUAUUGCAGCUGACAGCUGCUCGUCACAAUCCAGUUCUGAACUUGCUUCAGGUUCCAGUAAAACUGGAGAAAACGAAGCUACAGAUUCUGAGUCAGAUACAGACGAUAGUAGCAGCCCUUUCAGACGGUGCAAACGUUGUGAUAAGGCAGGAACUGUGGAGAAGAUGUUGAUUUGUGAUGAGUGUGAAGAAGCAUAUCAUACGAGGUGCUGCGGUGUUCGAAUGAAAGAGGUUGCAGAGAUUGAUGACUGGCUCUGUCGAUCUUGUUUGAAAAAGAAGUCAUCAAAGACAAAGAUUAAGGGGAGACCACGGGAACAACGGAAAUGGAGAAUUACAGAACCAUUUGUUAUAGGAGUUCGAGUAGGAAAAGAGUUUCAAGCGGAUGUUCCAGACUGGUCAGGUCCAACCAUGAGUGAUACUUCUUUUGUUGGUGAACCCUUGGAGAUUGAGCAGUCUGAAUAUAUGCAUGAUCUCAAGAAGGCCAAGAAUGGUAAGAAAUCACGUUCUCCAGUAAAUUGGCUCCAAUGUAGAGAGGAGGAUACUAAUGGAGAUAUUUGCGGAAAGUGGCGUAGGGCUCCUCGCUCAGAGGUACAGACCAACGACUGGGAAUGCUUCUGCUGCGUCUUUUGGGAUCCAUCACAUGCUGAUUGUGCCGUCCCUCAGGAAUUGGAAACAGAUGAGAUCCUGAAACAGCUCAAGUACAUCAAGAUGCUUAGACCUCGUUCAGACGCCAAAACGCGGAAGAUAGGACCAAAGGGUGGAAGCAGAUUACAUAAAUGAAAAAAUCUUGAUGGACGCAAGCUUUAGCCACAUCAAAAUGCAUAAGCUUCUGGAUCAGAGACUCUAGAAACUAGACAGGUAGUUCAGAAUCUUUUUUUGUUAAAACGCACAUGAGUUUUGUACCAUUUGCCAAACUUCAGGAUAUUAAAAAUGCUAUAUAAGAGAUUUGAUUAGAA